AGCAAAUCGCAGACUUGGAAGAAAACCAAGAGCGACUGUGCGAAGAGUUACUUUUUUGGCUUUAUAAAGCUGCGCAACAACAUGGGACGAAUAGAAUUUCAGGGCAGGAACCGGAGGUCCUGACGUGCUUCAGUUUGAUUCGUACGGUCCACACCGACGACGCUGACCAUCGUGCUUUUUUGCAACGCUACGUGUCCGAAGGUUCGAAGGACAAAAUCGCGAAUGUGCGAGUCACGCUCGGAAGUAGCGAUCAAGAUUAUGACAACUAUCGUCGUGUCUACAACAGAUACGCACAUAGAGUCAUAAUCUCGCAGAUGGAGGUGGACCAGAACAAAAAACCUUACGCAGGCAAGCUGUUGCGGGAAAAGCUCGUCCCGGUGGAAAGAAGUGCUAGAGGAGAUUGGAUUUACGACUUCACCAUACCCUUCUCAGAAUUGGAGGGACCUUCCUGCAAGGGCGUGUAUGUUCUUCUCGUUGGGAACUGCCACCUACCUGAUCAGGCGGCGUGGUGGUAUUACAAAGCGCCAAAAUUUCAAAAGGGAUUCCAGCGUCCCUUUUGGGGUAGCUCGGAAGUGCGUUUCAGCCGGCAGGAUAGAGACGAUGCCGUGGAGUACACUUUCUUGCCUUCUGCAGAAACAAAAUUUGUGGGCUUCAAUCCAGAGUGCUCGUGUUUAGAGCAGUGCCUCGAUGAAUUGGGAGACGCAACACGAUCGUACUCCGCGGAAAAAGGAGCCCGAAGUGCCAUCGAAAGACAUUUAGGACAUAUUCAGUCCGAAAUUAAGACCAAAGAGAGCGAAGAACGGAAACCGGCGGACCCAACUACGGAAUACGACCGUGAUGUUCAGGACUAUGAAAAGGGAGACGUCGCAAAGGCUAUGGAGAAGUAUCGCAAGGAUUUGAAAAAGCUGCAUCGCAUGCUUGCUGCGCAGGG